AGUUGUGGACAGCGUGAGCUACUGGAGUCACAGUAUUAGCAUAGGAUUCUUGCUGGGCAGUUGUGAGUUUUGGGAGUUGAUGAGUUGCAAGUACCGCACAGGAACGAUAAACGCCUUGAAAAGUGAAAGCUCAGGGAAAGAAAACAAAAGCUGCCCCACCGUGCUUAAAAAAAUCGCCCAAACUUUUCCCGGACCCCCCUUUUAUCCUUCGCCAAACACAAACCCACGGGUAGGCGCACAGAAUUCACAAGAGCUGCAGUGAGGAGAGAGAGGAGCGGCACCGGCACUGGGGGGAGAGAGAUUUCAUUAUUUGGCGCACUGGAGAGUGGAGAGCGGUAGAGCUGGAAGGCGGAAGCAGAAAUCCACAGCGUAUAGAGGGAGGAGGGAGAUCUGGAGCUCCUGGGGAGCGGAGAGGGAGAAGGAGCUGGAAUGGUAACAGUUGGCAGAGGGGAUCCUUGAUCUGUUCUUGAGCUGGAAGAAUUCUUCUCUUGAGCCGCGGAGCCGGAGAAACUUGGAUCUCGAGGCCAUCCAAGAGAAAGUUUUCCCCUUCCUUGCUGCUAGCCUACUGCAUUGCUGCCUCCCCCCAGAUCCGAGCUGCCACAAGGAGAAAGGUGGAAUCUCUGCUCGCCUUCUCCACAAAUCCCCCCCAAAAUUUUGGGUUUCUUGAGCUGUUCUUGGGAGCGCCGUGCUUCAAAUCUUGGGCGAAAAAGGUCGAUUUUUUUUCCUGUUGGGGUAGAUGCGGGAGUGAUGUCGACUACUUUAUGAGCUGCCCCCUGCUAGGCUGCUACUUUGGGGUUUAGAUUCGCUAUAGUUAUGGCGGAUCUUGCCAUGGAGCAUUAGGAGUUCCUUUCGUCGAAGGCGAAAGGAACCUGCCCGUAAGCUGCAAUGUCUCUCAAGAGCAUUGUGCGGGAGCUGAAGGAGAUGAGGGACGGUAUCGGGAGCAUGUCGAGACGCGGCGGCAGCGGCUCCGACGGGCGUGCCGGCCAUGGCCGCUCGGGGUCGCGGCAUUCUUGGCCUAGCCUGUGGGCCGAGCAGCAACAGCCGCAGCGGCAGGGUCAGGAGGGGCCGCAGCAUCAGCAUCAGCAUCAAGGGCGGUGGGCGAACCUGCCACCGGAACUGCUGCUGGAUGUGAUACAGAGGGUGGAGUCCAGCGAGGCAACGUGGCCGGCGCGGCGCCAGGUCGUGGCCUGCGCGGCCGUUUGUCGGUCGUGGCGCGAGGUCACCAAGGAGGUGGUGAAGACGCUCGAGGAGUGCGGCAGGAUCACCUUCCCCAUAUCCCUUAAGCAGCCGGGGCCUCGUGAUCUGCCGGUCCAGUGUUUUGUGAGGAGGGAGAGGGCGACAUCCACAUAUCUACUCUACCUAGGGCUCAGCCCAUCUAUGAAUAUGGAAAACGACAAGCUAUUGCUUGCAGCUCGUAAGGUCAGGCGUGCCACGAGGACUUCUUUUGUGAUCUCACUGGUCUCUGAUGAUUUCUCUCACUCUAGUAGCACCUAUGUUGGCAAACUGAAGCCAAACUUCCUCGGCACAAAGUUCACAAUCUUUGACAGCCAGCCUCCUCCUGAUGCUGUAGUGCUACCAAACAAUAAACCAAGCAAAAGGCAGUCCAAACAAGUAUCACCGAGACUGCCACUAGGCAAUUACAAUGUUGCUACAGUCACGUAUGAGCUCACCGUCCUACGCAACAGGGGACCAAGGAGAAUGCAAUGCACCAUGCACUCGAUACCAGCCGAGUGCAUUCAGGAGGGUGGGAAGGCCCCUACCCCUACCGGCACCAUUCAGUCGCUUGAUGAGCCAGUGUCCACUUCACCUAGUACCAAAGGGAAAGAAGUGGCUUUAGAAUUUUCUUCGACAAGCCUCAGUGCUGAUCUGUCUGGACUGGCACUGGCCUGCGCGAAUGAAACACCUCUGGUUCUGAAGAACAAAGCACCUCGUUGGCAUGAGCAGCUGCAGUGUUGGUGCCUCAACUUCCGGGGGCGCGUCACCGUCGCAUCAGUGAAGAACUUCCAGCUCGUUGCCUCUGUUGAUCCUUCCCUAAACAUCCCUGCAGCAGAACAGGAGAAGGUGAUCCUCCAGUUCGGGAAGAUAGGGAAGGAUAUAUUCACCAUGGACUACCGGUACCCACUCUCGGCGUUCCAGGCCUUCGCAAUCUGCCUGACCAGCUUCGACACCAAACCAGCCUGCGAAUAACUGACGAUAGUAUAAAAUCCAGGUGGUGGAGGUCUCUUAUGUAUGUCUAUGUUCUUCCUGGGCGAUGUAAAUUCUUGAUCUUCUCAUUCUGAGCCUCUACCCGGGCAAAAUGGUAGUUUGUGAGCGAAGAUGAGCAAUGGCAUCUGUGGCCAUUGGAAGAGAUUUGGGCGACCUGGUUUAUCCAACUGCUACAUGUAUUAUUGUUGGGAUGUUUGGCUGUGAAAUAUCACUGCCUUAAUCGAUAAUGAACGUUGUGACCAUCUUGCUCG